AUGGGAAUUGAGAUCACAGAUCGAGCUGUUAAGCAACUCAAACAUCUUUCCGGUUCCGAAGAAGUUCCAAAUAAUGCAUUAAGAAUAUCCGUUGAACCUGGAGGAUGUCACGGAUUUCAAUAUUCUUAUGAUUUAACAGAAAAAUCAAAUUUUAAAAAUGAGGAAGAUGUAGUUUUUGAAAAGGAUGGAACAACGGUAAUAGUUGAUGAAAUUUCUUUGGGUUUGAUCAAAGGUUCAAAAUUAGAUUUUACUGAGGAAUUAAUCGGAACACAAUUUCAAAUUGUUGAUAAUCCCCAAGCUACUUCUGGUUGUGGGUAA